AUGUCUAGUUUUUCUUUAAACAAAAAUAUUUUUGAGAAAACUUAUGAAGAAAAUACUCAAUUACAAACAGAUCUUUCAAAUUUACAAUUUCAAUUUUUAGUUCAAAAUAAUAAUUUAUUUUUAUUUGAAGAAUCUGAAAAUAUUGAAUCUAUAGAAAAUAUCCUUUUAGAAAAUGAAAUAUGGACUGAAUUAGAGCUUUUUAAAUUUAAAACAUUAUAUUAUAAAACAGCAGAUUCAUUAGAAAAACAAGAUAAUGAUAAUCAAAAAUUAGAAGAAAAAAUAAGUUUAUUACAGAAUAAUAAAUUUAAAGCAUCUUAUAAUAAAGAUUGUUGUGAAAAAAAUUGCUUACAAAAUUAA